AUGCCUUCCAGCACCGCGUUGGCCCACGGCGCUCCGGACCGCAGCAAUGCGGCGAGCGGUGACGCGUCGAGUGACGACUCGGAAGACGACGACAUCGACGCGCUGCUGAUGCAGGCGUGCUCGGCUGGCUCUGAGGACGUUGCGAGCACCCUGCUCCGGCACGGCGCGAGCGCAAGCACCCGAGACGAGCACGCGCUCUGCCCGCUGCACCACGCCGCGUGGAAUGGUCACACCGGCAUCGCACGUCUCCUCUUGAGCCAUGGCGCGGACUGGCGUGCCCGAGACCGCCGCGGCGCAACUGCGGCCCAUUUGGCGGCUCAAUUUAGACACGCUGACGUGCUCGCGCUGCUGCUUGAGGCAGCAGGCGAGGUUGGCGGAGCGAAGGCGCUGCUCCAGAGCCGCUGCGGGCUCGGGCGGAGCGUGCAGGACACGGUGGCAGACUUUGCCACCGCCGGCGCUGCUCGCCCGCUCCCCGAGGGCAUCCCUCCCGGCUUCACGGACCAGGCCUCGGCGCUGGCGUGGCCCAUCCGGCGCCUGCUGGUGGACGGCGACGCGCCCGAAGCCGUCUCGGCGGCGGCCGUCCUCAAGGCGAUGCGAUUGCCGUGGCGGCAGCCGGACAGCGUCGACGGCCUCGCCGACCACCAAGUCGACCUCACCGCGGCGCAGCUCGAGGCGCUCGUCGGCCGGCCCGCCCUCGAGGCGCUCUGCCGGCUGCCCGGCGCGCUGGCGGCACAGAUGGCGGCAGCGGGAGGGCCGGCCGAGGGAGGGCUUACCGAGGCCUCGCCGGGGGGCGUGAGCAGCCUGCCGAGCGCGGGCGAGCGGCCGUACAGGACCUUCGUGCGGCGCUUCACGCCGGCAGAGAGGCCCUGGUUCACGUUCCACGGCGACACGGCCACCGCGACCGUGAACGUGGCCCUCGCGGACGACGGCAGCCACGGGGGCGGCCGUUUGCUUGCCAUGCUCGGAGGGCGCGUGCAGCGGAUCGAUCGCGCGAUGGGGGAGGCGACCGUGCACCCGUCCGAGCUGCUGCACGCCGUCAGCCGAACCACUCGCGGGACGAGGUACUCGCUCGUGCUAUUUUUUGGCCGCGGCCAGAGGAGUCAGGACUCGUGUGACACGACGUGUGAGCAGUGA